AUGUCGCUCGAUAUGACUGUUUUACCCUAUCCCUCCAGGCUCACGCCUGGGGAGCACCUCGACCUCGCCUGGAAGCUACUUUCGGUCUUGGCGGUGGGAACGUCGGCAGCGUUGUCAUUCCCAUUUCGUGGAGCGGGCGGCUCGAAGACAUACCGAGCCCAUGUCAUGCACGCUGUUCUCAGGAAGAUCACGAGAAGUUUUACGUUGAGGCAAAUACAGCUUAGCACAACGGCAGCCUCGUAUAAGCGAUUCGCCAAGUCGAGACGUAUGAUUCCACAAACAUCCUCCUGGGGCACCAAAGGGCAGGGACACUGGAUUGGGAAUCGGGAUGCCCCAUUGGUUCUCAUUUGGUUCCAUGGGGGGAACUACUAUUCACCUGCCCAUCCUGCCUACUUUACCUUUCUCCAUGACAUAGUCGACGCAGUCUGUCUCAGUGGAAAACAAUUGGCUGUCUUUGUACCAUCAUACACAUUGGCGCCACAUGCACAGUAUCCAUCGCAGCUGCGUGAAGGACUGGAUGUGCUUCAACACCUGGUUGAGAAAGAGAACAAGCUUCUCAGUAACAUAGUGCUUGGUGGGGACUCUGCAGGUGGUAACCUCGUUUUAGGCAUCCUGUCACACCUCUCCCACCCACACCCUGAUAUUACUGGUGGUCUUUCCUUGGAAGGGCAUCUAUCUGGGGCUCUCAUGAUAUGCCCUUGGGUAACCUUUGACCAGACGUGGGCUUCCAUUGAACGAAACAAAAACAAGGACUGCGUUGCCCUUAUUCCGUCAACCAUCACUGCGGCCUACUUUCUAGGUACAAGUGAAUCGGACAACUACAAUGAACCUCUAAGGGCGCCGUUUGACUGGUGGACUGGGAUAAACGCUCGGCAGCUUCUGCUUAUAUCUGGGGAGGAUGAUAUCAUGGUUGAUUCUCAUAAUGCAUUUGCGACGAAACUAACGAUGGCAAACCCUCAUAAUACUCAAGUAGUUACGGCGGUAGGUGAAGGCCAUGUUGCUCCAGUUCUAGACUUAAUGCUUGGUGAUCGUUCCGAGUUUGAAUCUACUAGAGCUAUCAAGAAGUGGCUAGUAUCAGUCAUAUAA